AAGGAAAAUAAGAUUAAUUAGCCCAAGAGUAUAUCGGGUCGACUGAAAACAAAACCCAAAAUAUAAAACCCUAAACCCUACCUUUUCUCCUUCCUUAUUUUUUCGCUAACCCCGGAAUCCCUCUAUUCCUCUCUUCGAAGGUUGCCAUUUUCAUUGAGCAAAAUGAAUCUCAACAACCUCAAAGUUCCUAAGAUGCCUGGAGGUGGAGCACUUCCUGCUUUGCUUAAGAUUGGAGUCAUUGGUGGGCUUGGCCUCUAUGGAGUUGCCAAUAGUCUCUACAAUGUUGACGGUGGUCACCGAGCAAUUGUUUUCAAUCGGAUAUUGGGCAUCAAAGAUAAGGUUUAUUCCGAGGGGACACACCUUAUGAUACCAUGGUUUGAGAGGCCUAUCAUCUAUGAUGUCCGUGCAAGACCUCAUUUAGUUGAGAGUACUUCUGGUAGUCGUGAUCUCCAGAUGGUCAAGAUUGGGCUUCGAGUUCUCACUCGCCCUAAGUCAACUCAGUUAACUGAAAUUUAUCGAACCCUUGGUGAGAACUAUAAUGAGAGGGUCCUGCCUUCAAUCAUUCAUGAAACUUUAAAAGCUGUUGUUGCUCAAUACAAUGCUAGCCAACUCAUUACUCAGAGAGAGAAUGUCAGUAAGGAAAUCCGGAAGAUUCUGACUGAAAGGGCAGCUUACUUCAACAUUCAACUUGAUGAUGUGUCCAUCACAAGUCUGACUUUUGGGAAGGAAUUCACUGCUGCAAUUGAGGCGAAACAGGUGGCUGCACAAGAAGCUGAGAGAGCUAAAUUUAUUGUGGAAAAAGCUGAACAGGACAAGAAAAGUGCUGUCAUCCGAGCACAGGGAGAAGCCAAGAGUGCCCAACUCAUUGGUCAAGCAAUUGCAAAGAACCCAGCAUUCAUUACAUUGAGGAAAAUUGAAGCCUCUAGAGAGAUUGCACAGACCAUUGCAAAUUCAGCCAACAAAGUCUUCUUGAACUCAAAGGAUCUGUUGCUGAACCUUCAGGAGAUGGAUCUUGAAUCCCACCCAAAGUAAAAUGGUUACCUUUAUUUCACACUUGGUUCAAUAAUUCCAUUGUGAGAACGUUAAAUACAAACUUGAAGGCUUUGCUGUCGUCUCAUGGAUUUUGGAAGGAUUUAUUGUCUUUAAGGAUCAGUGUUCAAACAUCAUAUCAGUUGAUCCAUAUGGGGCUGUUUAUUUGAGGUAGAGAAGAGCUAUUGGAUAUAUGGUAGUGGGCAAUUUUAUCUUUUAUUCAAAUUAAUACCUUACCCAAUGGAACUAAUGGACCUGUUGGAUGUGGAUUUAUGUAACUUGGAUUAAGGUCAAGGUCGAGUUGUGGAAUGAUAGGAAUCCCAUGGUGUUUCGGCUUUGUCUUGUGUAAUUUGCUUCAACUAUUUGACCCUGCCAAAUAGACCUGAAACAGCCCCGGAUAGUUUGAUCCGGUUUAUGGUUUGGUUGGCCACCCCUAGCCUAGACCUGUACUCCAUUGUUUGUUCUUGUUAAACUAGUUUGAAUUGCUUCAACUAAAAUUAGCUCACGAAA